AAAAAUUCUAAAAAAAGUUUACAAUUGAACUUGUCUGUGAUAUUCUAAAAUCUGCAAAAAAAAACAAAAACAAGUGAAUUGCUACUGGAGUUUCAAAGUCAUGUCAGGUUGUAUGGCGUGAGGACAUCACGAAGUAAUAACACAAACAACUCGCCUAAUCAGGUUACAUACGCAUUCAUUACCGUUGAAACCAAAAAUGGCUGGACAACAGCACCCGUUUCCUUCCGGAUUCCCAUCUGCCCAACAAGCUGCCAUGCGGACACAGUUUGGUAGUGGACAAAUGGUCCCUGGACUUAUGGGCGCACAGCAAGGAAUGGUAAGUCCACAACAGUUUGGAGUAGGCGUGGGAGUCGGCGUCGGUGUCGGAGGUGUUAAUUCGAACACUAUGGGCAUGCCCAGCGCACAACAAGUUUUAGCUCAACAACAACAGCAGCAACAGUCAGUUGCCAUGCAACAGCAAAUGCAGCAGAUGCAACAGCAGCAGCUGCAGUUACAACAACAGCAGCAAGCUGCUCUUGCACAACAAAAUAAUCAGGGUGGAGGAAGCCAGGCUACGACUCCUCAGACUCCUGUACCACCUACACAACCUCCGGCUCAACAACAACAGCAAAACAAAGAAUUUAAUACUGCUAGUUUAUGCCGGUUUGGACAGGAGACUGUGCAAGACAUUGUCAGUCGCACUCUCGAAGUUUUCCAGACACUGAAAGUCAUACAGCCACCUAAUGGUACAGCACAGGGAGCAACUAUCGCUAAUGAUAAAAAAUCAAAGGUGCAAGAACAAUUGCGAAUGUUGAAAUUGCUGUUUAAACGUUUACGAUUGAUCUAUGAAAAAUGCAAUGAAAACUGCCAGAUACCAGGUAUGGAGUACACCCAUAUUGAGAGUUUGAUUCCGUUGAAAGAAGAGUGGGAUAUGAAGUCAGAUGAAAAGAAAACAUCUGAAUCUUAUCGCUUGGCUUGUGAAGAGAGCAAAGAAAUUAUGGAGCAAGUGGUACUGAAGAACCGACAUCUCAAGGAAAUAAUAGAUCACCUAAGACGAAUAAUUUCCGAGAUAAACACAAUGUUAACGAUGCGACGUUCCUAGUGUGUGAUAAAAGAUUAAUGUUUCAAGUGUACAUUUCGAUUUUCACAAUAGAAUAUU